AUGAACGGUGGAAGACACCAGCCAGACGCGUUGACGCACUCGAUAGCUGUUACCCACUCGCGAUUACCUGGCUGGACGACGACUGCUCUACCCACUCUCGACACCUAUCGCGAACCUAGUCUCGUCAAAGUUGUAGAUAUCUCGAUCUAG